CUGAAGGAGGAGAACGUGUCUCUGAGGAGGUCCAUCAGGGAGCUGCAGAGGAGGUCAGAGCUUAACGAACGCAGGGUGGCGGAGCUGUCGGAGGAGCUCCUCCAGAGGAGGCGUCAGGAGGAGAAGGAGGCCCAGGAUCUGGAGAGCAUGGUUCACUCUGUGGAGCAGAACCUGCACCUGAUGACGAAGCGGGCGGUGAAAGCAGAGAGCUGUGUUUCUAAACUGAGGAUGGAGCUGCAGCAGCUGCAG